CCUCAUACCAUGCUGUCAUCAGAACAAAGCAGAACAAAGCAGAACAAAGCAGAACAAAGCAGGAGUCUUCACCGAUCACUGCUGGAUAUAAACUCAUCAUCUAUGCAGAUGUUGACCAUCUCUGUGCUCCUGCUGCAGUUCCUCCUCUUCUUUCAUCCUGUGUCCUCCUCUCCCCUUUCCAAGGAUGAGUCGGUGUGUGCCAGGACUUUCUGCGGUGCAGGUAGAGAGUGUGUAUCGACUGACCGAGGAGAACCAGUCUGUCGCUGUUUACAGCAGUGUGACGUGUCAGAGCACUGGGUGUGUGGCAGCAACGGAAAAUCCUACAGGAAUCACUGUGAACUGCACAGAGACGCCUGCAUCACCCAGACCAAGAUACACGUGGAGCACAGAGGACACUGUCUGGAGAAACCAACAAAGGCCGACGUGAGCCCCAUCGUGUGUUUCCUAUCUGAUCGUGACUGGAUGAGAGAGAGAGUGAUCCAGUGGAUUCAGAAAGAAGCUGAAGAUCUGGCCUCAAACACAUCAGCCGGUGACAUCCUUCAGACAUAUUUUCAGGUACUUCUCCAGUCUUUUGUCUCUUACUUCUUUCUUUUUCUUAGAUCUCUGUGUGUCGAUGCUUUGAUCGAGCUGUCGGAUGAAAAUGCUGACUGGAAGCUGAGUUUGACUGAGUUUAUCAACUGCCUUACGCCCACCUACCACCCAACUGAGAGAAAGUGCGCUCUGGACGACGAGGUCUUUGAGGAUGGAGCUGAAACUCAGAUGGAGUGCAACAAGUGUGUGUGCGCCUGCGGAAACUGGGUGUGCACCGCUCUGACCUGCAAUGGAGAGCAUCAGGUUGAUGAAGAUACUGAUGAAGGAGGAGAAGAUGAAGAAAUGACCGAGGAAGAGUGGAGCAGGAGGGUGGCUGAACUCAAUGCUUUACAGGCAUCUGUCACCAUGCAGAACUGAGGUCCUGAGUCACAACAGCCAGUCAUCAGCUGAGCGGCCUUCCGCUCCAAACAUGAGGAACAGGUUUAGUUUAAAUAGCUGUUGUUAUGAUUCUUAUGAAUGAUUCAACACAUUUUAUUUGUGUGAACUGUUAAAUCACUUCUAAACAUUAUUCUACCUCUUAUUUUGUUUCCUGAAUUUAAUACGCUCAAGUUGGUUGCUAAUACACAACCCGUUUUUAAAAAAUGUUUUUAAUUUGUUAUUGAUUGCUUUAUACUUUUAAAGAAUGGAAUUAUAUUUUCUGGCUUUUGAAGAGCACAUGAGCACGUUUUUGUUUUGUUUUUUCAUUUUUUGAUUGAUAACUCUGUCUAAACUUUGAUUUCCCUCUGUAUUAAUGAACAAGUAUUUAUGAAAUCUAAUUUCUUAUGAUCAGUGAAACAAACAAACUGAUCCCAAUGCUGUUUGUUUUCUUGGGGUUUGUAAUGAGAUACUACUUUAACUGUUUUGAUAGUGAAAGCUAUUUUUUGUAUCAUUUUUUAUCUAAUAAAAAUGAGCGUGAGAAGCAA